CGUUGUUUGUUGAUGAUUGCAAGUCUUCGACGCAAGUUGGUUUACUCAUUAUUUUUUCUUCUUCUUCUUCAUUUUUUUUCUCUUCCAAUAGUUCUUUUUAAUUUCAUUUGGUGGUUUUUUUUGGGAUUUCACUGGUCGGCUAUAUAUUAUUCCCUUCCAAAAGCAUAUCCCAUUCAAGCUAUGAACCAAGCUAACCUGCUUCCAAUAGGUUUUAUUCUGUGAAGAACUUAUUUGGUUGCUGGGUGGCCAAAAUCCAACCUCCAAUCACCAACACGUGGCAUAGCUUGAUCAUGUUUAGUUGGAUUCAUAUUUCUAGGAUGUAGGCAACCAGAUGAGGACUUACCUCAAUAAAGAAGGUCCCAUAUAUUCAUCUCAGAUUAUUCUACAUUGUUUGUCUCUCUGCUGUUUCUCAAAAUCCUAUCUGACUUAAGCACUGGAGCCCUCUAGCCGGAUCAGCUCCAGCAAUUUUCUGUUUUAUUCUUUUUGUAGCAGACCGGGGCUUCAUUUUCUACUGUACCAACACUUGCAAAUAACAUCUGUGGGUUCUAUGGGCCAUAACAAGACUUCUCUUUAACCUCAGCAAGAAAAAAAUCCACAUCAGACACUGAUUUAUUGGUUUUUCCUCUGAUUCUUUCUUCGAGCAACAAAACUUUUUCAGACGAUGUAUUUGGUAGAAGAUAAAGGAGGUGCCAUUGCCCUCAUGCUGGCUGCUCUUUCAUUCUUGGGCACUUGGCCAGCUGUUAUGACUCUCUUAGAGCGGAGGGGUCGUCUGCCUCAGCAUACAUACCUUGACUACUCCCUCACAAAUCUCUUGGCUGCUGUGCUUAUUGCUCUAACAAUUGGUCAGAUUGGAGAUAGCAAACCUAAUAUGCCAAAUUUCUUCACCCAGCUUGCUCAGGACAACUGGCCUUCAGUCUUGUUCGCAAUGGCAGGUGGAAUUGUGCUCAGCCUUGGGAAUCUGGCCACACAGUAUGCUUGGGCUUAUGUUGGUCUUUCAGUUACAGAGGUCAUCUCUUCAAGUAUGACAGUUGUUAUAGGCACAACCUUCAACUAUUUUCUAGACGACCGCAUCAAUAGAGCUGAGAUUCUUUUCCCUGGAGUUGGGUGCUUCUUGAUUGCAGUUUGUCUUGGAUCUGCUGUUCACUCCUCCAAUGCAGCUGAUAAUGAGAAGAAACUUAGUGAUUCCUCAAAUAAAAACCAGAAUACGAAUGGUACUAAUGGAGAUAAAGAGCUCAGCAAUGUUUCAAACAGAGCUGGAGUACCCCAAGACUUGGAAGAUGGAGUUUCUGAUGUUUCAUAUGCCAAUUUCAAUGAUGAGAAAGCAAAAGCUGGAACAGCAGAAUUUCUCAUACAGCUUGAAAACAAAAGAUCAAUUAAGGUUAUCGGGUCCAACACUUGUCUUGGCCUCAGCAUUGUGUUCUUUGCAGGCGUUUGCUUCUCGCUCUUCUCUCCAGCAUUCAACUUGGCUACCAAUGACCAGUGGCACACCCUGAAAGAAGGGGUGCCACAUUUAGUGGUCUACACUGCAUUCUUCUACUUCUCUGUCUCCUGUUUUGUUGUUGGAAUUGGUCUAAAUAUCUGGUUUCUCUACAAACCCGUGCUUGGGCUACCAAGUUCAUCCUUCACAGCUUAUUUGAAGGAUUGGAAAGGCAGACAUUGGGCUCUUCUGGCAGGGCUGCUAUGUGGGUUUGGAAAUGGCUUUCAAUUCAUGGGUGGGCAAGCAGCUGGAUAUGCUGCAGCUGAUGCUGUUCAGGCGCUGCCACUCGUAAGCACAUUCUGGGGGGUAGUCCUCUUUGGAGAGUACCGAAGGUCAUCAAGAAGGACCUAUGUGUUACUCGCAGGCAUGCUGCUUAUGUUUAUUGUUGCUGUAGCUGUUCUCAUGGCUUCAUCUGGGCAUAGAAAGACUUGAUUCGGGAUGGAAACAAUGCCUUGCUUUCACAAAUUCUCAUUUAAGAUCCACUCUUCUCCAAAGCAUCAGAACUAUUUCAUUGUACAAGUACAUAAAAGGCAAAGUGACACAGAUAAUUUAUCAGAAGGAAACUAUAUACCCAGCCAGAAGGCCUUUGAUAGACAUGUUUGUGAAUUUAACAGCUAUUUCCUGUAUAGUCAUGGUAAAAAAUGUUGUGGAUUAGAUGUCAUAUUUUCUUCUUGGUUGCGACAAAUAUUAUUAGUUAGAUAUCAUAUUUUCUUCUUGCAACAAA